GGAAUUGUGGGAGAUACAUCAGUGAAGAAAUGGACUAGUGUAUCUGAGCAUGGAGUCUCCUUGCUGACCAUCACCCCCAGCUCUCCUUGAUAAAUGAGAGCAAUUGGGUCAGGAAAGAAGGAAAAGUGAUCACCAUGAAGCUAAAGCAACGAGUUGUACUGUUAGCAAUUCUCCUUGUCAUCUUUAUUUUCACCAAAGUUUUCCUGAUUGACAACUUGGAUACAUCAGCUGCCAACAGGGAGGACCAGAGAGCUUUUCACCGAAUGAUGGCUGGCUUGCGGGUAGAACUGGAGCCCAAGCUGGACCACACCUUGCAGUCUCCCUGGGAAAUUGCAGCCCAGUGGGUAGUUCCCCGGGAAGUGUACCCUGAAGAGACACCGGAGCUGGGGGCAAUCAUGCACGCCAUGGCGACCAAGAAAAUCAUUAAAGCUGAUGUGGGUUAUAAAGGGACACAGCUGAAAGCCUUACUGAUACUUGAAGGAGGACAGAAAGUUGUCUUCAAACCUAAGCGGUACAGCCGAGAUUACGUGGUAGAAGGGGAGCCAUAUGCUGGCUAUGACAGACACAAUGCAGAGGUAGCUGCCUUUCAUUUGGACAGGAUCCUGGGUUUCCGCCGAGCCCCUUUGGUGGUUGGCAGAUUUGUUAAUCUGCGGACAGAGAUCAAGCCUGUUGCCACCGAGCAGCUGCUCAGCACCUUCCUAACUGUAGGAAACAGUACUUGUUUCUAUGGGAAGUGUUAUUACUGCCGAGAAACGGAGCCAGCUUGUGCCGAUGGAGACACAAUGGAGGGAUCAGUCACGCUUUGGCUCCCAGAUGUGUGGCCUCUGCAGAAACACAGACACCCUUGGGGCAGGACUUACCGAGAGGGCAAAUUGGCCAGGUGGGAGUAUGAUGAGAGCUACUGUGAUGCUGUGAAGAAAACAUCCCCCUAUGACUCGGGCCCACGGCUCCUGGACAUCAUUGACACAGCAGUCUUCGACUACCUGAUCGGCAAUGCUGACCGGCAUCACUAUGAGAGCUUUCAAGAUGAUGAAGGCGCCAGCAUGCUCAUCCUUCUUGAUAAUGCCAAAAGCUUUGGGAACCCUUCGCUGGAUGAGAGAAGCAUCCUCGCCCCUCUCUAUCAGUGUUGCAUCAUUCGGGUUUCUACCUGGAACAGACUGAACUACCUGAAGAAUGGUGUGUUGAAGUCUGCCUUAAAAUCGGCCAUGGCCCAUGACCCCAUUGCGCCCGUGCUCGCUGACCUUCACCUGGACGCCGUGGACCAGCGACUGCUCAGCGUCCUGGCCACCGUGAAGCAGUGCACAGACCAGUUUGGAGCGGACACCGUGCUGGUGGAAGACAGGAUGCCUCUCUCCCACUUGUAACUCUCAACACAAAAUACAGGAAACUUCUUUUUACAAAGAUAGAGAAACAGCACAAUCAAAUCCCAAACGGUGUCUGGUGGAUUGGAAUGGCCAGCAACAAGUUCUGGUAUUGGGGGACAGGGUGGCCAUAGUUGUCUUUGAAGUUUUCUGUAGCAGAAACUAAAGCAAAGAUAGUGUCGGACCUCAGAGCUGCUCCUGCUGAACAAUCCCUGACAUCCUGGAUGUGCCACGCUUGUCCAGCACUGGAAGUCGUGGGUGGUCGAUGAAUUUUUAUGCCAAAGGACUAAUAGAGGUGUGACAUGUGGGUCAGUCAUUGCUGAGAAAUUGGUCUGGAGGAUGUAUUUUGGGGUGAACCUUACAGUCCUUUCUCCACACCUGUGGAUUUGCAAUCUCUUGUGUCCUUUUUUUACCAGGACUAGACAAAUUGGAAAGCUUACUGCCUCCUAAGGAGUGGCAGCAAAUAAAACCUUAUAUUCUAU